UUAAAAUUUACUUAAAUAUAUUUCCCUAAACGUUUAAACCUGUAAGUUGAACAUACUAACAUUAGGUUUUCAACGAUCCUUUCUCUGGUCACACUAAUACGGCCAUGGCAGCGAAUUUACGUAAAACCCUAAUUGUUGCGGGCAACAUGAGGAGGGGAUUCGCCUCCGCCGCAAAGGUGGCUAAAAGCCAACCCGCCAAAACUAAUUCACUUACGGCGGUCGGAGAGUCUAUUGCCGCUAAGGGUUUUCUACGUCCCCACAAACCCUACACACCACCAGCCGAUGCGGCGGAUCGUAUUCGCUCUGUGGCCUCAUCACUACAACUAAAAGGAGACAACCUGGAUAAUCUCUCUGAGAAAUUCCAAUUUCUGUCCGCGUGCUUCCAGGAGCUCAAGCACGGAGUCCCCAACUCUCAGGUGCAUGAGUUGAAUACCAUCAGCGAUGUUAUUACCUUCUAUCAGACUUCCGUUGACACGACUGUACCAUUAGACGCUCUGAAAAGGGUGGAACUGCCGGAGAAUCUACACAUCCAGUACGACUACGUGCGGUUCAAUCCUGAGACGGACACUAAAUUCAAUGGAAAAACUGCCUUCCCGAAGAGCUCAACGCUGGUGACUGGUCUCAAGUACCGCGGCAAGUACGAAGGCAAUGAGGCCAAGCGAUCGUGGCCUUAGUCGAAGCAUCUGUUAGUUCUUAUUGAUUUAAAUUUAAUAAAUUCAGAGUUUCUAUUAGAAACUUUUCUACAGCUUUCGUUAAA